AUGUCCACCGACUGUCUCCCCUCCGCCACCCCAUCCGCCACAUUCCCUACCCUCACCACCCCUCCUUCCCUCCAGAGCGACCUCCUGUCUGUCAUCCGUCGCUCCUCAGGCAUCGAACCCGACCACCUCGACCCGCUCAUGGCGGAAGGAUCGCACCCGAGCCUUCCUUUGCCGAGCUCGCACAAUUUCCUACCAUACCUUCCGUCAUCCACACUCGACCAGUAUCAUUUCCCUGCCAAGCGGCCUCUAUCACCACGUACAUCCCGCCGCGCAGUCUCUCCUCUCAAACAGUCCCUGCCCGCCCUUUCCGUCUCGCCUGAAAUCGGAAGACCGAGAAAGAAGAGCAAGAUUAUGGACAUGAACAUGGCCAGAAGUGGGUCUCUGGCGGCGCUGCCUGGUAUCCAAACACCCUUGGCGACUUAUGCUGCUCAAAUGGUCGUAUGGCUUUGGUACGGCCAGUUUCAAACUCAGCCGCCCUCCCCUAUAUCUCCCUCCACUCCGAGCUCCAUCCCUAUCGAUCCAUUCGACCCAAACAUCCAGCCCCAACGUAUAUCCCAGCUCAUGGUCCAACCUUCUCCCGAGUUUCACAAAUUCGCUGCGAGGUUACUCCAAGUCACUAUGGUGUCGCACAGCGUGACGCUGGUGUCCUUGCUGUAUGUUUACCGACUGAAGACGAGAAACACGUUCUUCUCGACGCCUGGAAGUGAGCACCGACCGUUCGUGGCGGCCUUGAUGCUGGCAAACAAGUACCUGGAUGACAACACGUACACCAAUGCUACCUGGUCCGAGCUUGCCGGUAUCACCCUCCCCGAAAUCAAUCAAAUGGAGACCGAGUUCCUCGCUGGUCUUGGGUAUGAGCUGGGAGUUGAGCUUGACGAGUAUGAGCGCUGGAAGAUGCUCUUGGACGAAUUCAUGAAGUCUCGAGGUCCUGGGGGUUCCAUGUCUCUCAGUCGACGACAAGCCUCGCCUCUCGGCGCUCACACCAUCUCCACGCCAUCCUUCUCUUCCCGCGCACGCUCUGCCUCGCCCAUCAGGCUGCCUCAGCCGUACGAGCCUAGCGGCAGGAAGAGGUCAGCUGCAGACGCCUUCCAGGUCGAUACCGUCCCACCUCCUUCGAGUGGGCAUCGUAUGCUGCGCGUUCCCAGCAACAACUCUCAGGCUCCGGUCGUUUCGAGAUCGCGCCCAGUAUUGUCCAGGGAAAGCUCGAGUUCGUCACUCGCCAGGUCUGCUUCUUGGAACCGCCAGCUCGCACGCCUACCUUCGCAUUAUGCCCGUCGAGGCUCUGCUGGGCAUGUGUAUCCUACUCCGAGCGAGCCGAUGCAGUAUCAACAGCCGUCCUGCUACGGCCAGCCGGUGCCUGCUAGCAUGCAGCAUGACUGGGACGGUGGACGAGCUUUGCUUGCGCCUUACGAUGAAAACUUGCCUCAGCCUCAGCUUGUGCCUCAAGAGCAUCUUAUGUUCUACUCUCUGGCCGCUGAAGCUCGCCCCGGCGUUGAUGGUCAACCUCGCAAAGCCAUCCUCCGCUACCAAGCGCCCACUCCCCAGCACCACUACGGUUAUCCGCAGUCUUAUCACGGCUACCAAGCCCCUCCACCCCCUUCUGAUGUCUCCAUGGCAGGCAGCGUUUCGCCCAUGUACCCAUUCCCCGCCCACACCCAAAGCUACACCCCCAAUCCUUACGCCACCUCUCACUGGUCCUCGCCCAUGGACAUGCCCCCUCAACCCGAACCCGCGCAGUUCGCAAACGCAGGCCCGCCUGGCUAUGCGUACAACCCAUACGCACCAAGCCCUGACGCGUGGAACGGGGGUGGUGGGGGCAUGGCGGCAGGGUGGGCAAGGGCCUCGGAUGGGAUGGUGUACUAUCAUCAAGGGCAACCUGCCGGGUACCCACCCAUGACUUCCCGAAGCCAGUGGUCCAGCCCGAUUCCUCGCUACCAGUAG